UCCCGCUGCUCCCCCAUGCUGCCUGGCCCUGUCUUCGUUCCCCAAAGGGCUGAUACCUCGUCUGCUGCUGCUCCUAAAUACAAGCUUGCAGGGGCUGGGGGUCGGUUGCACGGAGGUCAUGGAAAAAAUCACAAAGAUGCUGCUUCAGUCAGGGCCACACAUCCCAUACCUGCAGCUUGUGGCAUUUAUUACUUUGAAGUGAAGAUUGUCAGUAAAGGUAGAGAUGGGUACAUGGGAAUAGGCCUCUCAGCCCAAGGUGUCAACAUGAACAGACUUCCUGGCUGGGAUAAACACUCAUAUGGGUACCAUGGUGAUGAUGGGCACUCCUUCUGUUCUUCGGGGACAGGCCAGCCCUAUGGUCCUACGUUCACUACUGGAGACGUGAUUGGCUGCUGUGUCAACCUCAUCAACAACACCUGUUUCUACACAAAGAAUGGCCACAGCUUAGGUAUAGCCUUUACAGACCUCCCUUCAAAUCUAUAUCCCACUGUGGGGCUCCAAACACCAGGCGAGAUAGUCGAUGCCAAUUUUGGGCAGCAGCCAUUUGUGUUUGACAUUGAAGACUACAUGAGGGAAUGGCGAGCAAAGAUUCAGAGCACCAUCAAGAGAUUUCCUAUAGGAGACAGACUAGGCGAGUGGCAAGCAAUGCUCCAGAACAUGGUAUCUUCCUACCUGGUUCAUCAUGGGUACUGUGCAACAGCAACUGCCUUUGCCAGAGUGACAGACACCACAAUCCAGGAAGAUCAGGCCUCCAUAAAAAAUAGGCAAAGAAUACAGAAACUAGUAUUAGCAGGCAGAGUGGGAGAGGCUAUAGAGGCUACACAACAGCUCUACCCUGGCCUCCUAGAACACAACCCUAACCUGCUCUUCAUGUUAAAGUGCCGGCAGUUUGUGGAGAUGGUGAAUGGAACAGACAGUGAAGUGCGUUGUUUCAGUGCCCGUAGCCCCAAAUCCCAGGACAGUUACCCAGGGUCCCCCAGCCUAAGCCCUAGACAUGGAUCAAACAACUCGCAUGCUCAUAGCACUGGAGCAGACAGUCCAAGCUGUAGCAAUGGAGUCAUGUCCACCAAAAGCAAACAGAGCCAUAGUAAAUACCCAGCCCUGAGUUCAUCAUCUUCCUCCUCCUCCUCAUCCUCUCCUUCAUCUGUGAACUACUCUGAGUCAAAUUCAACAGAUUCCACCAAAUCCCAGCAGCACAGUAGUACGAGUAACCAAGAGACCAGUGACAGUGAGAUGGAGAUGGAAGCUGAACAUUACCCUAAUGGAGUCCUUGAAAACUCAUCCACCAGAAUAAUGAACGGCACCUACAAACAUGAAGAGAUCCUACAGACUGAUGAGUCCAGCAUGGAAGAUGGCUGCCCCCAGAGGCAGCUCUGUGGAGGGAACCAUGCUGCCACAGAGAGAAUGAUCCAGUUUGGGCGGGAGCUGCAGACCCUGAGUGAGCAGCUAUGCAGAGAAUAUGGGAAGAACACGACGCACAAAAAGAUGCUUCAGGAUGCUUUUAGCUUGUUAGCGUACUCUGACCCUUGGAACUGUCCUGUUGGUCAACAGUUGGAUCCGAUCCAGAGGGAACCUGUGUGUGCUGCACUCAAUAGUGCUAUAUUGGAAUCUCAGAACCUGCCAAAGCAGCCCCCCCUGAUGCUUGCCCUGGGCCAGGCCUCAGAGUGCUUGCGGCUCAUGGCUCGUGUGGGCUUGGGUUCCUGCUCCUUUGCCAGAGUGGACGACUAUUUGCACUAGCCACCAGAGUGAGAUGGAGUGAUGUCCUCCAGUGCUGCCCUUCACCCUCCAUUGCCGCCACCAACACCACCUCUUCCCUAGCCUGACCUCCCUGCUGCCCAGUGAAAGGACAAAAUGCUGGUUGAGUUAGUCCCUCAUCACCAGUGGUCCCUCAGCGCACAGCAGUUUCCAGCCCCAGAAGUGGCUGGCAGACCUCUCCCAUCUCCCCUGUCACUGUGGCUGCAGCAGCACUCAGUAUUUGCUGGUUAAUCUAAUGUAGCGCCUUCCGAUUUAGGUUUUUAUCUUUAUUUUUUUUCUGACUGAGCCACCAGUAUUUAUAUCUGGAGAGUAUGUACUGAGCUGGUUUCUGCUAAUUUAGUGAUAAAGCUCAUCCAAGUUGGUGACAGCUUGUUGUUUUCUUAAGAACUGCAUCUCCAUCUCCACCCUUGCCCACCCACCACUGCACGCACACACACAAUAUUUAUCCCAUUCUGGUUAUCUGAGCUCUUCCCCAAGAACAGUUUAGUGUUUUUAUUUAAAUCCCACUCAUUAAAAUGGUCUCUUCCACCUUGGCAAAAAA